AUGUGGUUCAAUUUGUACCUAAGAUUUGUUCAGAAUCUCUAAUUGUCAGAGUUUGUACCUAAGAUCUGCUCAAAAUCUUUCUGUACCUAUGAUAUAUUCAGUAUAUCUACUUGUUAGAGCCUAUUUUAAGUCAUUUCAGUAUUAGUCAAAAUAUUUCUAAAGAAUAUGUCUAAGAUCUCAAUUUGUCAGAGUCUUUUUAAGUCAUUUUAGAGCUAAUUAGACUUUGUUCCUAUGAUCUGUUAAGAUCUUCUUUUGGGAGCACCCCACCUCCUUUCUAGGCCUAUAUAAAGGUUCUCAUUGUAACUUGAGAUCCUCACUUUUUAGUUGAAUCAGUUUUCUUUAUUAUGAAAACCUUUUCUUCUUACUUGUGGAUUCAGGCACCCCCUUGUGAAUUCAAAGGUUGAGGACUUUGAAUUUGUGGAUUCAAAAGUUGGUUUCUUCUCGAAGAUUACAGUUUUGUGGAUUCAAGCUUAG